AGAGAGAGAGAGAGAGGGGAGGCGAGAGACUGUGUGCAUUCAGCAUGUGUGUGUGUGUGUGUGUUCGAGAGGGUGUACGAGCGCAGGAAUAAUCGCAGGAAAGACAGCAAGAGACAGGCGGUGUGGAUCCUGUUCUGCGGCAGAUGUUGGGCUCUUGCCUCCUGUGAAGACUGUGCUUUAUACCUGGAGAGACGCAGCAGAGGACAGAAGAGGGUCGAUGGAGUGAAGCUAUUAAAACCCAGAGUGUGAACGCUCUGAAUCCAAAGACAAAGACGCAGAGGUAGAAGGAUAAAGAAGAGGCAUGAAUAAGGAAAGAAACUGACUGUUGGUUUGCCAGAAAAUGAGAAGCGGAAUAAGGAACAGGGUGGAGAAAUGAUGCAUCGGAUCAAAAUUGAAGAUUUAACCUCAACUGGGAAAACAGGACAAGCCUCUCCUCUAUGUAUUAAAUAAUAUUAAUAAUAAUUCAUGCUAUCUGGGAAAAAAAUAUUGGAUUGUGAGCAGGACUUCUUGUUGUUCCCCUAGUAGAUGUCCAACAGGACAAGGGUUUUUCAUUUGUUAGGAGGCCAGGCCAGAGGCACGAGUGCCAGCAUGCACAUGUCAGAAAUCAGUCUGGUUAAAUGGAUGGUUGUAAAGAGGUUAACUGCCAUGCAUCACUGUGGUAAGACAUCUUCCCUAAUGAAGCGACAUUAGAGCAUCUAUGCCAUUGAUUGAGGCUCCAUAAGGAUUAAUUGCAUUGCAGGAAAUUACUGAAGUGCAUGUGAAAGAUAUUGAAUCAGAAGUUAAAAGUGAUCAAACGCUGCUAAGGACUGUGGGUGGACCUCUGCUGGACUUUAUUUGCUUGUGAACCAAAGACUGCUGCCAUCUUCUCAAGUACCUGCUUUAAAAAAAAAAAUCUAUACUCCUUUUCAUAAAAAACAAAACAAAUAAUGGCCAUGUUUUAAUGAUUGUGGGCUUGUGAUUUCCAACUUGCUGUCUUAUCACUUUUCUUACUUUAGACUUCAUUCUUGUAAAAGUGGGGAUCAUUUGGCCCCUGGGGGUCCGGGCUGCCCCGGCCCCGGCCCCCAAACCAAAAAUGCGUCGCUCUAGUACAGAUGAGACCCCAUACCGCCGGAGUCCGUCUCUGGACAGCAAGGGGUCGGCGCCUCUGCGCUACAGCGGCGAGUACGAGUACCACAGCUCGCCCUUCGUCUUCGGCCUUCGUACCACACCGGGCUCAAAGAAAGCUACAGCCAGCUACACCACGGCACAGGGACGGAAAUAUGUGGUGUUUUACCUCGACCUGUCCUUCAUCUUUCUUCUAGAGCUGCGGCGCUGCAGGAUGGCCGAGGGCUGCCUGAGGGCACUGAGAUACGGGAUGGUUUUCUUCAAUCUGCUCUUCUGGCUGGGCGGCUGUGGGCUUCUGGGAGUGGGAGUUUGGCUUUCCAUCACGCAGGGAAACUUCGCCACGCUCUCCUCGUCUCUACCAUCGCUCUCCGCCGCCAAUCUGCUCAUCGCUGUGGGAAGCAUCAUCAUGGUGAUUGGCUGCCUGGGCUGUGUGGGCGCGGUCAAAGAGAACCGGCCCUUACUCCUGAGCUUCUUCAUUCUGCUGCUCCUGAUAUUAUUGUUGGAGAUCCUGUUCAUGGUUCUGUUCUUCUCGUAUCAGGAUCAGAUUGAUCUGUAUGCUCAAAGUGACCUGAAGAAAGGCCUGCAGCUCUUCGGGACUGAAGGAAACAUCGGCCUGACCAACGCCUGGAGCAUCGUCCAGACAGACUUUCGCUGCUGUGGAGUGACCAAUCACACGGACUGGUUUGACGUGUAUAACGCGACGCGUGUGCCGGACUCCUGCUGUCUGGAGUUCAGUGAUGACUGCGGUCUGGAGAAUCCUGGCACCUGGUGGACGGCUCCGUGUUACGAGCGAGUGAAGGGCUGGCUGCAGGAGAAUCUGGUGGCUCUGUGGAUCUUCGCUCUGUGUACGGCUCUCACACAGAUCCUGGGGCUGGUGUUCUCCAUGACCAUCUUCUGUCACGCUGUGAAAGUGGACACCUUCUACGCCUAGAGACCGAACCGGACCAAACACACUCCUCCAUCGCUGGAGCGAUCAGAACGUCUCGCUCACACACUGAUAUUUGAAACAUGAUUUUAUAAUCCAGAUCAACUGAAAGAAUGAAAACUGCUCUUUGUGGGUAUUUAAUGGACAGUUUCUUUCUUUUUCAGUUUUGUCCAUUUGUGAAGAGGGAGAGCAGUAACUAAUGUCAUAAUUUUAUACUUGUAUAACUUCAUAUUAAUACGUAUAAAAUGAAUAACCUCUGUUUAUAUUUAUUCAGAGCAAAUUUUCAAUAGAUGUAAAAGAUAAGAUAUUUAGAUCACAUUUUUGUAAAUAUGACUUGACAUCUUCAGAGCAAAGAGUAAUAAAACAGACUCAGUUUAGUUUGUGUAUGAAGAAGCAGAAGUCUGUUCAUCAGAACUGAAUCAGUGGAAGAGCAGAAGCAGAGAUUUUAAGGGUGUAAUGACUGUGGCCUGAAGAACUAAAACAUCUGAACAGAUCUCAAUCUACACAAACAGAUCCACCACAAGUUCUCAAAUGUCUUCAUUUUUAACACUAUUUGUAUAGUUUUAUCAUUUUGAACCUAACAAGCUUCUUUUGGUGACAUGUCACUUUUGAAAUUUAUGGAAUUAUUAGCUGAAUUCAAUUUGAGGUAUGAACUCCUGUAACUGAGUUUAACAUCUCCUAUGCCUUUGGGAAUUAAUGGGAAUAAUUGUACAAAACUUGGAAGGAUCAUAUUCAUCUAUGUGAUUUGUAUUUGCCAUUUCCAACACUACUGCUAAUAUUAAAUAUAAAACUGAAUGCAUUACGAUAGACUUCAUUUGUAAAUGUGGUAAGAACAGCUAACUAUUGUUCAAAUGCAUUUAUGCUCUUAAUUGAAAUGGUAUUUUCAUCAAAAGUGAAAACUCUUUCAGAAGGACUCCAUGGAGAUGAAGCUUCUUACUCUCAGUCAAUGACAAAUGUAUGAGGUUAAACAUCUACUUACAGAAGCACAUAUCUAAUCACUUAAUCAGCUAAGGAGGUUUACAGCUCAAGCAGACGCAUGUUAAUGUCAGGAUCAACAGAACUGGGAGGGUUGAGAUGAUCACACGCAGGAGGUUAAUCCAGGACUGAUGAAUAAUAAAGUGAAGUCCAGCUUUUCUUGCUGAA